UCGGGCGAGGGCGCGGCGGCGACUCCCGCGGCGGCGACCGUCGCGACCGCGGCGACGACGACGGAGGGCAAGAUGAUGGCGGUCUCAGAGAUUCGGGCCAUGCACGUGCAGGGUGGGGACGACGCCAUGGCGUCGCUGGUGAUGAACAACCUCAUCGUGUCCCUUGAGGCCCACAUCGCCAAGCUCGCCUUUUUCGGGGAGCACCCCGCCACCCUCACGCCGGACACCAACUCCCACUUCGUCUACGCUGACCCCUACGGCGAGGUCCCGAAGCUGUACGUGCACAAGGGCGCGUCCGGAGUGGUGCUCAACUUGGCUGGCAAGGUGAGCCGCACGCCGACUGCUGGUUCCGUGUACCUGACCAGCGUGAGCAAGGUCGACUUGCACGUUACCCCGAUCGCCUCGUUCGACGACGACGCUUUCGUCAUCGGGUGGAUGGUCCCAGAGGUCACUGAGGCGAUCGUGGCCGAGGAGACCAAGAGCGGUCGCGGCGUGGUGAGGUGCUCGUUGCACAAGGCGACCGCGACGUGGAUCUACCAGUACCAAGACUUCGCCACCACGAAGUCGGUGACGUUGGACCUCCAGCUGUGGCAGCUGAAGCUGGACAAGGUGCCCGACGUGGAGGUCGCGAUGAGGUUGGUGAGGGAGUCCUGGCCCACUGACAGUCAGGGCCCCUUGUCCGUGGCCGCGCGGCCGAGGAGCCUCUGCAAGAAGGGGAAGGACAAGGGGUCGCAGAGCAGCGGCGCAGCGCAGGGCCUGUGCGCAGCUGAGCUGAAGCUGGUGAAGCACCUUUUGAAGUAG